UGGGCCGAGUCGGCCCUUAUCCCACCCCCGGGCCCGGAAGGAGGAAGUAGUCAGGAAGCGCUGCUUCCUCCCUGCGGGGUAGCGACUUCUCAGGGUGAGGCCAGAAGUUGUUGCCGGCGGCAGCUGACGGCCGCGCUGCCAGCCAGAAAUAUGGAUGUCAAGAGUAGAAAUUAUUUACUUAUGAAUCGCCAAGCAUUGGAAAAAGACAUCAAGACUUCCUAUAUUAUGGAUCGUAUGAUUUCUGAUGAAGUGCUAACAUUACAGGAGGAGGAGAGAGUAAAACAACAGAAUACACAGAAGGAGCGAGCAGCAAUGCUAAUAAACAUUAUUCUUACAAAAGAUAAUAAUUCAUAUAGAUCAUUCUAUAAUGCACUACUUCAUGAAGGAUACAGUGAUCUUGCUGCACUUCUUCAGGACGGCAUCCCUGCCAUCUCCUCUGGUAACAGAAAGAGUUCGAUGGAUGGAAUGACUUCACACGUUAAGACAAUUCUCUGUGAAGGAGGUGUACCACAGAGACCAGUUGUUUUUGUCACUCGCCCAGAACUGGUAGAUGCUAUUAAACAGAAGCUGUGCUGCUUGGGAAGUGAUCCGGGCUGGGUCACAGUUUAUGGAAUGGCAGGUUGUGGGAAGACUGUCUUAACAGCAGAAGCUUUAAGGGAUCAUCAUCUCUUGGAAGGUACUUUUAGAAAAACGUGUUAUUUUCCAGGAGGAGUUCACUGGGUUUCUGUUGGAAAACAGGAUAAAGCAGGACUCCUAAUAAAACUUCAGAAUCUCUGCAGUAGAUUAGAACAUGACUCCACUCUUUCACAGAGACCACCACUUAACAUUGAGGAGGCUAAAGAUCGUCUUCGUUUGCUGAUGCUACGCAAAUAUCACAGAUCUCUUUUGAUCCUGGAUGAUGUUUGGGAUUCCUGGGUAUUAAAAGCAUUUGAUAAUCAAUGUCAGGUUCUUAUCACCAGCAGGGACAGGAGCGUGACAGAUGCUGUGGCAGGCAAUAAAUACGAGGUUCAUGUGGAAAGUGGAUUAGCACAUGAGAAAGGACUGGAGAUUUUAUCCCUAUUUGUGAAUAUGAAAAUACCAGAAUUGCCAGAACAAGCUAACUGCCUUGUAAGAGAAUGCAAAGGUUCUCCUCUUGUGAUAUCCUUGAUAGGUGCAUUGUUAAGAGACUUCCCUAGUCGCUGGGAAUACUAUCUCAAACAGCUGCAGAAUAAGCAGUUUAAAAGAAUAAGAAAAUCUUCUUCUUAUGAUUAUGAAGCCCUUGAUGAAGCAAUGUCCAUAAGCGUUGAUCAACUGAAUGACAAUUACAAGGACUACUAUAAAGACCUCUCUAUCCUCCCAAAAGAUGUUAAAGUACCUACUAAGGUUCUCUGUAUUCUUUGGGAUAUGGAAACUGAAGAAGUUGAAGAUAUACUACAGGAAUUUGUUAACAAAUCGCUAUUGUUCUGUGAUCGUAACGGGAAGUCAUUUCAUUAUUAUUUACAUGAUCUUCAGCUCGACUUUCUUACAGAGAAGAAUCGCAAUCAGCUUCAGGAACUACAUAAAAACAUCGUAAAUCAGUACAAGAAAUAUUACAAACUUAAUACACCUGUUCCGUCUCAAGAGGAUUGCAUGUACUGGUACAACUUCCUAGCAUACCAUAUGGCAGGUGCCAAUAUGCAGAAGGAACUCCAUGAUCUUAUGUUUUCUUUAGAUUGGAUUAAAGCUAAAACUGAAUUGGUAGGGCCUGCUCAUCUGAUUCAUGAAUAUGUAGAAUAUAGUUCAAUCCUGGAUCAAAAGGAUAGUGCAGUACGUGAGAACUUCCAGGAAUUUCUGUCCUUAAAUGGGCACCUCCUUGGACGGCAGCCAUUUCCUGACAUUAUACAGCUGGGUCUUUGCCAACCAGAGACAUCAGAGGUGUAUCAGCAAGCCAAGCUACAUGCUCAGAGAGAAACAGGAGCAUUUUAUUUGGAAUGGAUAAAUAAAACAUCCUUGAAAAACCUCUACCGUCUGGUUGUUCGUCCACAUAGAGAUGCUGUUUACCAUGCCUGCUUUUCUAAAGAUAGACAAAGAAUAGCAUCAUGUGGAGCUGAUAAAACACUUCAGGUGUUUAAAGCAGAAAGUGGAGAGAGACUUCUGGAGAUAAGUGCCCAUGAUGACGAAAUACUUUGCUGCGCUUUCUCUGCAGAUGGUGAAUUUGUAGCAACUUGUUCUGCUGACAAAAAAGUGAAGAUCUGGAAUUCAAGAACAGGCCAAUGUAGGCGUGUUUAUGAAGAGCACUCAGAGCAGGUCAAUUGCUGCCAGUUCAAUAACAGAAGUGGUCAAUAUCUUUUAGCCACCUGCUCAAAUGACACUUUCAUCAAAAUUUGGGAUUUGAACAAAAAGUAUUGUAGAAAUACAAUGAUGGGUCAUGAAAAUUCUGUCAAUCACUGUAGAUUUUCACCAGAUGAUGAAUAUGUUGCUAGCUGCUCAACAGAUGGAACAGUAAAGCUUUGGGGAGUACGCUCAGCAAAUGAACUGAAAAGUAUUGAGAUAAAAGACUUCUUCAAGAAUGCAGAUGAGCAAACAGAUGAUGUGGAGGUUUUAGUAAAAUGUUGCUCUUGGUCCAGAAAUGGUGACAUGAUUUUGGUGGUAGCCAAAAAUAAGCUUUUGCUUUUUGGUGUUAAAACAUGGGAUUUGCUAACACAGGUCAUCAUGAGUCAUCACAGUACAAUCCAAUACUGUGACUUUUGUCCUGAUGAUGAGUUAGUAGCAGUUGCUUUGUCUCACUGUUCUGUUGAGUUAUGGAAUAUUAAAUCUUUAUCAAAAGUGGCAUAUUGCAGGGGACACAUGAGCUGGGUUCAUUGUGUGACAUUUUCGCCAGAUGGAUCUUUAUUUCUGACAUCAUCUGAUGACCAGACAAUACGUAUUUGGGAAACAAAGAAGGUGUGUAAGUCUUCUGAUGCUGUGCUAAAAAGUGAACUAGAUGUUGUAUUUCACAAUGAUGAAGUGACGAUUUUGGCAAUUUACAAUCAGAAGCAUUUACAACUUAUCGAUGGAAAUACAGACAGUGUUGUUAUACAGACAGGAGCUCAAGAAUCCCCCAUUUCCUGCUGUUGCUUAAGUGAAGAUCUCAAAUUUGCAGCUUUUGGACAGGAGAGUGGAACAAUAAAGGUAUUACAGUUGUUGGAUGGGAAAGUUCUGAAGUCCCGAGAGGCCUACAAGACAUCAGUGCAGCGUUGUCAAUUUACAUCUGAUUAUCAGACUCUCAUUUCGAGUGCUCAUGAUUCAGUUAUACAGGUAUGGAAUUGGCAAUUGGAUGAAUGUGUGCUUCUAAGAGGGCACAAGGAAGCGAUCAAGGAUUUUAGACUUCUGGAAAAUUCAAAACUCCUUUCUUGGUCAUUUGAUGGAACCGUUAAGGUUUGGAAUAUCACUACUGGCAACAUAGAAAAAGAUUUUGCUUGCCAUGGAGGCACUGUUCUUUCCUGUGCUGUUUCACCUGAUGGUAGUAAAUUUUCAUCUACUUCUGCUGACAAAACUGCAAAGAUAUGGAGCUUUCAAAGUCCAUCUGUUCUUCAUGAGCUGAAAGGUCAUGAAGCCUGUGUGCGGUGCUGUACUUUCUCUCGUAAUAACAAAUUAUUGGCCACUGGAGAUGACAAAGGAGAAAUAAGGAUCUGGGACAUGUUAACAGGUGCGUUAGUUCACUCCUGCUCCCCAGUUACUGUAGAUGAAGGAGAACCAACACAUGGUGGUUGGGUAACAGACCUCUCAUUUUCACCUGACAGUAAAAUACUUGUGUCCUCUGGAGGCUAUCUUAAGUGGUGGAAUGUAAAUACUGGAGAAUCCUUACAGACCUUCUACACAAAUGGAACAAACCUCAAGUCAAUACGUGUGUCCCCUAAUUUCAAAGUGUAUGUGACUGUUGAUAAUCUUGGUAUUCUUUAUGUAUUACGGAAGAUGUGAUUAAUGUGCUGACCACUGCAAAGAUAAUUCAUUUUUUAAGAUGGAAACAAAAUUGUGCUAAAUGUUUGAUACUCAUUAAGAUGUGAAUUAUAUUUCAUUGUUCUAUUCAUGUUGUCUUUAUGUAUACUUAUGUACAUUUAUGCAUAUUUUUCAGAUGAACUUGCAUGCAAUUGUGGUUUUAUUAAGCAUUAUUCUAAUCCUUAAAUUUUGAUUUGCGUAUUAAGUAUGUUGCUUCAAAUUUUGUAAGGAAAUUAUAUUAAUAUUUGCUCAAAUUUGUUAAAAUUAAUAACGUUGAAGAAAUAAUAGGAAUUUAAUACUUUGAAAUGUUGCUUUGUGCUAUGACUAAUGGCUAAAUGUUCUCUAGCCAUGAACAGAGCUAUGUAAGAUGCAAAAAAAAUUUUUUUACUGCGAUACAAGGAUUUUCAUUUAGUACAGAAUGGAAAGAAUCAGGGACGUCCUUCGUUUGAAAAAUGAAACAGUUAUCUUGGUGCUUGAUGUCCAGAACAAAUCAAGUAGCUGAUUUAUAGUGCUUCCCACUUGCAAUAAGAGCCUUCAUACUUCUAACCUUGUGAAGAUAAAGUGCAUUGUAACACGUAUGAGCUAUUCCUGUUAAGGAGAACAUCUUGACUCUUGUUUUCUCAAGGCAGAAUCUGACAGGAUUUUGCAAUUGAAGUGGAAGAUGUUGUACCAUAUUUCUAGUCAAAAGAAGGAUACAGCUAACCAGCUAAAUUAAGAAUGGAAAAUAUUUAAAAGGUAUAUAUUGAAAAAUAUAAGAUUAUGUGAAUUUUAGUUAUUUUUCCUUUUGGAAUUUGCAUUCAGUUUAUACAAUGGAUAUAUUUUACUUUCACCAGCUUUGUUUACAUGGGAUUCUAUGAACAGGGAUCUCUCGCCUGAUAAUAUGUGAUUAUUAUUUUUUUCUUAAUUGUAAUUUUUAUAAUCUAUUUAUAGAUUCAACAUGGGGUAGAAAUGUUUUGUACUACUUAUACUUGACAUUCUUUUGUGAAUAAUUAGAUAAUUUUUCUUAGAUACCCAGUUUUAUUCUAGCAAAUUGCCUCUCAACUGCGAUGAGUAACUGCACAAGGAUUAAUAUAAUGAUUUUCAUAUUUUUAUACUUGGCAGUAGAACACUCCAUCUAAGUACUUGAUUGUAAAAAGUACAUUAUAAGUGUCUCAACUGAUACUGAAUAAUGAAGUUCUCAGUUCUAGGUUUGGUUUUGUGUGUGUGUGUGUGUGUGUGUGUGUGUGUGUGUGUGUGCAUUUCAAAAGCUUUAAUAUACACUCUUGGUAUUUUCCUGGUUUUGACAAUUGUUUCUUUUCCUCUUCUUUUAACUUGAAAUUCCACCAUUUCUAAGGUGCUAUUCAAUACGGGUCAGUGUAAUCAAAGUACUGCUGGCAGAAAUCCAAAGAGAAGGAAUUCAAUAGAAAAAAUGUGAUGUUUUGUAUUCUGAGUAUGUACAGCAUUCAAUAAAGAUAAUCCAGGCAGUACUGGCCAAAGCUGUAAAUAAA